AUCGACGCGCGGGCAUGCGCGAGCGUGACGCGGACGGCGCAGACAGUAAACAGAGCACGCUGACGCUCGUCAAAGGUGGUGCCCCGGGAUGCCAACGCAGCUGGUGUUGGCGCUGCUCGCGGCCACAGCGGCGAGCAUCCUUGCCCGGCCUCCAGAGCCCACGCCGUCUCAAGUGGUGGCGCUGGAGCCCCCACCGCGGGGCCCGCUCCGCCAGCGCGUCCCCAUUCCAGAGUCGCGAGAGUACCUGUUACCGAGGUUCCUGCUGCCACACUUUCUAGGCUACGAUGACAGUCCCCGGAUGCCUCCGCCGCCGCAGCGAACUUUACCCGACCACGAUUGGCUGAAUAAGGAAAUUGAUCGCAUCAAUCAGAUGUCAGGUGAAACUGAAUCCAUCAUGAGGCCAUACGACGACGAUUUGGCCCACUGGAUUGCCCGCGACCCUUAUGUGCAGCGUAUGUUCGAAAAUCCCGUGAAAACGGCUCCUAGCCACAAAUUUGUUCUAGAGUCUAUGAACGAAGCAGAUGAAACCAGAGAGAGACCACGUCUAAUGUUGGCUCCAUCUAUUCAUGAAAUAAAAGGCCUAAACAAACGCCCCGAGAAACCGGCCAGAGAUGAUAGAAAAUCAUUUGCACUCACGCCUCUCGAUAAAGGCUAUUUUGAACCAGACCCGAAUGCGAAAAACCAACGUAAGUAAUAAGUUAUGGAUACACCCAGUGUCGAGGAACCUUUGGCAGCUAUGGUUAAGGAGCCACCUCGGCAAACUCGGCAAAAUCCCAAUCUUAGUCGUACCAAGACUCUUGUCACCGAAAACAUAGACAAACUGAGAAGCGGACUGGCUAAUAAGGACUACCGAUUACCUGUCUCCUUACUGCCAACCAACCUGGGCUGGUUGAAAAUAAAUUCUGUUCAGGAUGAGGAGAGCAACGGCCACGAAGACGGUUUAAUGGCAGAGAAGGGUAGAGAGCACAUUCACGUGCUGGAGGCGUCCAAUAACGACCCCAUAGACCCACUAUUGUUUGCUGCCGUAGGCGGGGCUAUUGCGGCAGCUGUUAGCCUUACCAUCUUCGGAUUCACCUUUGCGUGGUAUACGUUGGCCAAAAAAGCGAAGGCUGCAGCUGACGUGGACUACCCGGCUUACGGAGUGACGGGACCCACGGUAGACGCUACAGGCGACAGGAAACUCGCACACUCGGCGCACAUGUACCAUUAUCAGCACCAGAAGCAGCAAAUCAUUGCGAUGGAAAAUAGGAUAGACGUGGAGCAGCGCCUGGGCUCGGUCGACACCGAGCCGGAGUCGGAGGAGGAGAACGAGGAAGGGGACUACACCGUGUACGAGUGCCCUGGUUUCGCCACGACUGGUGACAUGGAGGUGAAGAACCCGUUGUUCUCCGACGACCCCACCCCGGCCACUCCUGGCAAGUGCGAAGUGGUAAAACCCCAACCCAAGGACUAACUGCAUACCUAAAAUUCUUCCUUCUACAGCUUUGACCUCUUCCUUAAUUCAUUAGGGAUAUCCAAUAACAUGGUUAUAUAGUCCUCUUUUAGUUAUACAGUCUUUCAGUUAACA